AUGGAAGGCCUGCCAGAUGCUGCUGCUUUUGCAACUAAACUUAAAAAUACUCUCAUCCAGUACCAUAGCAUUGAAGAGGAUAAAUGGCGUGUUGCAAAGAAAACGAGAGGUGUCACAAUUUGGAGAAAACCUUCAGAAGAAUUUAAUGGAUAUCUUUUCAAAGCCCAAGGUAUUAUAGAUGGUGUUGUUAAUGAUAUAAUGGACCAUAUACGCCCAGGUCCCUGUCGCUUGGAUUGGGACAGCUUAAUGACUUCAUUGGACAUUUUGGAGAACUUUGAAGAGAAUUGCUGUGUGAUGCGUUACACUACUGCUGGUCAGCUUUGGAAUAUUAUUUCCCCAAGAGAGUUUGUUGAUUUCUCCUACACUGUGGACUAUAACGGAGGGCUUUUAUCCUGUGGGAUCAGCCUUGACUGGAGUGAGAAGAGAGCAGAAUUUGUUCGUGGAUAUAACCAUCCCUGCGGUUGGUUUUGUGUUCCACUUAAAGACAAUGCAAACCAGAGUCUUUUGACAGGCUAUAUUCAGACGGAUCUGCGUGGGAUGAUUCCCCAGUCUGCAGUAGAUACAGCCAUGGCAAGCACUUUAAUCAACUUCUAUGGUGAUUUACAAAAAGCCUUAUGA